AGCCCUAUCUCCUUGAUUACACACAAAGACAGAGAAGUUCAAGACAAAAAAAAAAGAACACAAAACAGAGGUUCUCUCUGUACACAAAGAAGGGCGGCCUCUUUUUCGUGUGUGUGUGUGUGUGUGUUUUCCAGAGAGAAGAUGGCUAGUACGUUAGAUGUAUCGAGAGCAGAGCUUGGUCUAGUGGUUAUGUAUCUGAACAAAGCAGAGGCAAGGGAUAAGUUAUGCAGAGCUAUACAGUAUGGUUCAAAGUUCGUGAGCGGUGGGCAACCUGGUACUGCUCAAAACGUUGAUAAAUCCACUACCUUAGCCAGAAAAGUCUUCCGUCUUUUCAAGUUUGUUAAUGAUUUACAUGGUCUUAUCAGUCCUGUUCCUAAAGGGACUCCACUUCCUCUCGCUUUGCUUGGAAAGUCCAAGAACGCACUCUUGUCUACAUUCUUGUUCCUGGAUCAAAUCGUCUGGCUUGGAAGAUCAGGAAUCUAUAAGAACCAAGAGCGAGCUGAGUUACUUGGACGUAUAUCAGUUUUCUGCUGGAUGGGAUCAUCUGUCUGUACAACUUUAGUUGAGCUCGGUGAGAUUGGAAGGCUCUCAUCGUCGAUGAAGAAGAUCGAGAAAGGGCUUAAGAAUGGCAACAAGUAUCAAGAUGAGGAGUAUCGUGCCAAGCUUAAACAGUCUAACGAGAGAAGUCUUGCUUUGAUCAAAUCAGCCAUGGACAUUGUUGUAGCAGCUGGUCUUCUUCGGUUAUAUCCAGAGAAGAUCACUCCUCGUGUCACCGGAGCUUUUGGAUUCAUCACCUCCCUCAUUUCUUGCUACCAGUUGCUUCCGACACGACUCAAGAUCAAGGAACCUUGAAGCUUAUGGAAGAAAGCUGGCGUUCAAGAGAAAGUUUAAUUAUGUAAUACUAUGUUGGUCCGUUUGAGUAAUUUGCUGCUGUUAUUAGUCCUUGUAUAAAUACUUAUCUGCAUGAAUGAUGAUUAUAAUUAAAAAAAAUUAUGCCUCAG